AUGAGCAAACCGGCAGGACAGAAGAAAUUAAAAUCGGCUUUAACGAAGCCAAAAGCUACUUUUACAUUUGCCUUAGGGGAAGAACGAAAGAAGCGGAUUGCAGCCCGUACUCGGCAGUUGAAUAUUCCCGUUCCCAUAGACUUGGAGUUGCUCAUCGAGGGCAAGAUAAAGCAGCUAAAGGACAACAGUUUCGUUUUUCUAUCGUAUGCGUUUCCAAAGAGCAGCGAACACUUUACACCGUACAGUUUUCUGGAAGUUCCAUUCAGUAAAGCGGAUAAACACGAGUACUUCACAGUGAGCCGGCACGGUGUAACUUACUGGAGCGAUACGGAAAAUCACUUUACCGAGAUAGACACCUGGUUGGUAGACUAUCGCAAGUAUCAACGGCUCACGGGGCUACGAUUUUUCAAACACUACCGCCUAGGGAAAGCAUUCCGUAUCUGGCAGCGUAACAUUCAGUGGUACAAGUAUGAAAGUGCCCGCCAAAAGAUUGGAGCAUGUGCCUUCAUUGCACUGCCUCGGUUGGCCAAAGCUCUACUCACGAUGCAGGAAGAAUUCGUUCAGCUGGUUGGGUUCCGUUUUUUCGAUGUGUCGGUGUCAGAAAAUUGGCACCUUCCCUAUUUCAUUGAAACCCAAAUGACCACAUUCGAACAGGUGCGGGAUUUGUUACAUCAUCUGCGGGAUAAAAUGCGUAAUGUACUGUUUGACGCAUGCUGCAACACACUAAUCGAUCGCGGUUUCUCUCCGCAAGACGAAGCGAUAAAUGUGACCAAUAAGAAAAAGCUCAAAGACAUGAUGAGCUUCACGGAGCGAGCGAACAAGCGCAAGCUGUGCGCGUUGUUGGCAAGGUUUCUUGCGUGUGCUGACCAGAUGAUGAUCACGCUGUUGCAUCAAAUUUUACGUGAAUCAUUCAAAAACUUAGCAAACGUCUUCUCGAACUUCAUGGUCGAGCAGCAACAGCCACGGAAGCAGCCGUUCAUGAACGUCGAGCUGGUGCUGAAACCGACACGCAUCGAUCUUGAUCCUUCUCGGGAGGUAGCCACUCGCAUGCUGGAGGAUUUGAGUAAUUUGGUCAUGCGAACAGUAUAUAAAAUUGAUCGCUUUCAAAGUGACAUGUUCUUCGACAUUUACACCGAACCAACUAUCAUGGGAAGAAAGGAGGAUCGGCUGUGCGGAAACCCACCAAGUUUAGAUUUUAUUAUUCGGAAUGAUGUGCAACUGUCGAGCGAUAUCAAAAUAAUAUUCGAGGGCAUAACCGAAGCUUACAACGCUGUAGAUGAAUAUGUGGUCCAGUUUGAUCGGAUUCGUUUAUCGUAUCAGGAAAAUCUAUCGGUUGACCAUAACAUAAUCCGUGGCGAGACCAAGCUACAGAUAUUGGAAACAUACUGUGAACGUUUCAGCCAUCAGAUGGCCGAUCUCGAGAAGAUCGGAGAAUCGUAUCCGUUGGGAUUGUUACAGGUGAAACAGGUGGCCUUUCGAGAGGAAAUCACUCCUAUCUGCCAGCAGCUCCUGGCCGUUUUGGACGAAACCAUUCCACGGCUGGCUAUGGAGAAAAUCAACUACGUUGAGCAGAAGGGCGAGGAGAUACAAACCAAACUGCUGAUUGUGCCGGAGGAAACAAAUCACUACAUUUACUACUUCAACCAUCUGGAGGUUUGCCACGAGCAUGUGGCCAGCUUGGAGAAGGAGCUAAGCUAUGCACACGAAGCAUUGAAAAUUAUGAAAACCUAUAACGUUGCGUUUUCGGACGAGGAUAAGGACAAAUAUUUGGAUAUGGAAGAAUUUUUGAAGGAGAUUAACGACAUCCUCCAACGUAAACGUGAUCAAAAGCAGGAUUUGAUAAACAAAUUUGAUCUAUGUUUGCAGUCCGAUAUAACGAAAAUUUUCUCUGAAGUCGAAGAAAUUCACGAAGAAGUGUUGAAGGAAUGGCUCCUGGAUUUAGCUUCCGAAUCGGCGCAGGUGCGCGAUUGCUUGAUCGAUCUGUCCGAGCGACUCACCAUGUGCCAGCGGAAGGCGCAAGAGUACAAAAAAUACCAAAAGGAAUUUCGCCUCGAGGUGACACGGUUUGAGAAGCUUGACCACGUGAUCAACGAGGUAAAGCUGCGCCAGAUCUUGUGGGAUAGCGUGCAGCAGUGGAAAGAAUCGGUGGAGAUCUGGAACGAGAUACAUUUCCACGAGCUCAACAUGGACGAAGUGGAAGCGCUUAACACGAAGAUUCUCAAAAACUGUGCCAUGUUGGAUAAAAAUCUGCCCAAAAACGAUAUCAUUCCAAAGCUGAAGGGUGAAGCGGAGGAGUUUAAGGACAAGAUACCGGUACUGGGAUUCCUGCGCAAUCCGGCGCUAAAAACACGUCACUGGAUAAAGAUUGAACAGAUCCUCAAUCGUCAUCUGGCGGAGGAGACGGAAAUCUAUUUACACACGUUCGAGGAUGCGAAUGCGUUCGAGGACGAUAUUGGAGCCGAGCUGAUGGAGGUAUCGAAUAUGGCCAGUGCCGAGGCUGGCCUGGAAACCUUGCUCAAUAAGGUAGAAAAUGCCUGGAAGGAGUUGGAGCUUACCGUGGUUAGCCAUCGGGAUCAUCGGGAUGUGUUCGUGUUGGCCGGUAUCGAGGAAAUUCAAACCGUGCUGGAUGAGUCCAGCAUCCACGUAAGCACAGUGGCCGCCUCCCGACAUGUAGGCCCCAUCAAGCCGAAGGUGGACGAUUGGGUGACGCAGCUGGAUCUCUUCUCGAGAACCUUUGACGAAUGGGUCCAGUGUCAGCAGUCUUGGAUCUAUCUGGAGGCUAUCUUUUCCGCUCCAGACAUCCAGCGACAGUUGCCUCACGAAACGCAAAUGUUUCUGCAGGUGGACAAAGCAUGGAAGGAGCUAAUGCGUCGCACUCAGAAGGCCCCGCUGGCGCUUGGAGCAAUGACGGCCGAGGGAGUGCUUGAAAAGCUGCAAAUCAACAACUUGCUACUCGAGAAGGUUACUCGCUGCCUGGAGGCGUACCUGGAGGUGAAGCGGAUGGCAUUUCCACGGUUCUAUUUCUUGUCGAACGACGAGCUGCUGGAAAUACUGGCACAAACGAAGAACCCGUAUGCCGUGCAGCCACAUCUCUCGAAGUGCUUUGACGCCAUUGCGAAAAUUGAGUUUGGCAAGAAGAAAUCCGAAACUGGCGGAGAGCCGACGAUGACCAACGACAUUAUAGCAAUGAUUUCACCGGAAGGCGAACGGCUCACGUUUGGCAUAGGACUAAAGGCACGUGGUGCCGUCGAGGACUGGCUAGCCAAGGUUGAGGAGGCCAUGUUUUUGGCCGUGAAACGUUACAUGCGACAAGGCUAUCGUCUGUACGGACUGAAAGAUCGUUCAUUCUGGAUGCAGGAGCAACCGAACCAGGUGGUACUAACCAUUUCCCAGCAGCAAUGGGCAGCGGAUGUGCACACCAUACUGGACGGAGGGGGAAAUAUUGCCAACGAGAUGGUCGCGUUUCAUGAGAAAUUGACGAAAAACUUGACUGUGCUGGCCGCGAUUGCCCGUACAAAAAUAUCCAAGCUUGUCCGCAGAGUACUUUGUGCGUUGAUUACCAUCGAUGUGCAUGCUAAGGACAUGGUAUCGAACAUGAUCGACAAACGUGUGCAGAAAUCAACUGAUUUCGAAUGGCUAAAAAUGUUACGAUACUAUUGGUUGCCCGAAACGGAGGUGAUCGAAACGAAAAUGGCCUCUGCUAGGCUGCCCUAUUUCUACGAAUAUUUGGGAGCGGGAGGCGUGCUAGUGAUCACCCCUCUGACCGACCGAUGCUACCUCUGCCUGAUGGGAGCGCUUCAGAUGGACCUCGGCGGCGCACCGGCGGGACCAGCCGGAACGGGCAAGACGGAAACCACCAAAGAUCUGGCCAAAGCGCUCGCCAUUCAGUGCGUUGUGUUUAACUGUUCCGAUGGGUUGGAUUACAAGAUGAUGGGCCGAUUUUUCACCGGACUAGCUCAAUCCGGUGCGUGGUGUUGCUUUGACGAGUUCAAUCGAAUCGAUAUCGAGGUACUGUCGGUGAUUGCCCAGCAGCUGAUUACCAUCCGCAACGCAAAGGCAUCGAAGAUGAAGCGUUUUCUGUUCGAGGGCCGUGAAAUCCGCCUAAAACCGUCCUGUGCGGCUUUCAUUACUAUGAACCCUGGGUACGCGGGCAGAACGGAGCUUCCGGACAACCUGAAGGCUCUGUUCCGCCCGAUAUCGAUGAUGGUACCGGAUUACGCACUCAUCGCCGAGGUGAUCCUCUACUCGGAGGGUUUUGAGGGAUCCAAAGUGCUGGCCAAAAAGAUGGUGCAAAUGUACAAGCUGUGCAGCGAACAGCUCAGUCAGCAGGAUCACUAUGAUUUUGGUAUGCGUGCGGUGAAGAGUGUGCUGGUAAUGGCCGGUGCUCUGAAGCGGGCCUCGCCGGAUCAACCGGAGACUGUGACGCUUAUAUCGGCGUUGCGAGACUCGAAUUUACCAAAAUUUUUGGCCAACGAUGCGACCCUGUUCAACGGCAUUCUGGGCGAUCUAUUUCCGGGGGUCGAUCUUCCAUCGCCCGAGCGUGGAAAACUCCAGGCUGCGAUCGAGCAGUGCAUGGUCGAUCGAAAUUUGCAGCCAGUUCCAGAGAUGGUACUAAAAACGUUGCAACUCUACGAAACGAUGGUAGUGCGGUGGGGAGUGAUGCUCGUCGGUCCGACGGGAAGUGGUAAAACGACCGUCCUCCAUAUGCUGGCUGAGGCGUUUGAGAAGCUUUAUGCUGAUCAGGUGCCCGGAGCGUUGUACCGUCCCGUUCGUAUACAAACACUCAAUCCGAAAGCUGUUUCGAUGGAUGAGCUUUAUGGGUUCGUAAACUUGGCUACAAUGGAAUGGAGAGAUGGACUUCUAGGACUGUCCAUUCGAUCAGCAGUGAGCGUAACAGAUGAAAUCCACCAAUGGGUCGUGUGUGAUGGUCCCGUCGAUGCGGUUUGGAUUGAAAACCUCAACACCGUGCUGGACGACAAUAAAAUGCUGUGCCUGGCCAACUCGGAACGCAUCAAGCUAACCAGCUGGGUCCACAUGUUGUUCGAGGUGCAGGAUCUAUCGCAGGCGUCACCGGCAACGGUUUCACGCUGCGGUAUGGUGUACAUGGACCCGGUACAUUUGGGCUGGACAUCGAUAGUAAAAUCCUGGCUAAACACGGUCCAGCAUCUGCACAUGGAUGGUGAUCUGAAGGAGCACCUGCUCGAGUUGUACGAGCGCCAUUACGAACCCGUUACAAAGUACCUUCAGCGCAACUGCAAGUGGAACAUCCAUCAGGUCAAUAUUAGCAAACUGACGAUGAUGAUGAAGCUACUGUACUUGCUGCUGCAGGACACCCAGGGGCUGCACCUGAUGGAACGGGGCGAAGCGAAGCUGUACGUGUUUAAAAUGUUCACUUGGUGUCUGCUGUGGUCCUUUGCCGGUAACUUGUUGGACGACUCGAAGGAGCAGUUUGAGCAGUUCUACCGAAAUCUCCAGGGUGAGGACGAGCUGGCGCUGUUACCGAAGGAUACGCUUUGGGAUUUCCGCAUCAACACCAAAACGCGCACCUGGGAAAGUUGGAAUGCGAUACAUCCAAAGUUUACUUACAAUCCGACGGUGCCGUAUUUUGAUUUGCUCGUGCCCACGCACGACACGACCAAGUAUGGCUUCGUGGCCGAAAUGCUGCUUCAAAACCAGAGCCCCGUGCUGUUCACCGGCGAUACCGGAGUCGGAAAGUCGGUGCUGGCCCGCGAGAUCCUCCAGCGACUCAUGCAACGCGACGUAAUACCAAUAAUUGUUAACUUUUCCGCGCAAAGUGAAAGUGGCCGAACGCAGGAACUCAUUGAAUCACGCCUGGAACGUCGAAAGAAGACACUCCUCGGUGCGCCUAUUAACAAGCGUAUCGUCGUGUUCAUUGACGACGUUAACAUGCCCAAGCUGGACCGAUACGGCAGUCAGCCACCGAUCGAGCUGCUGCGACAGUUUACCGACUUCCGGGGAGUGUACGAUCGGGAGAAGAUGUACUGGAAGGAUGUCGUGGACGUUACCUUGGGGGCUGCCUGCGCACCGCCCGGUGGUGGUCGAAAUGUGCUCACGCCACGCUUCGUUCGACACUUCGCACUCCUUUCACUGCCCUCUCCGAGCAGUGACUCGUUGAAGACCAUUUUUAAAGCGAUUAUGGGUGGUUUUCUAACGGACUUCAAUAUGGCCGUACGCCCGCUAGCUGAGCCGAUUGUGGAGACGGCCGUUUCGGUGUACGAGCGCAUUUCGGGGGAGCUGCUACCGACUCCGAAGAAGUCGCACUACGUGUUCAAUUUACGCGAUUUAUCCAAGUGCGUCCAGGGAGUGUUGCAGGCGGAUGCAUCGAGCUACAUCAACCCGAUGCAACUGAUGCGGCUGUUUUACCACGAAGCGCUCCGUGUAUUCUACGACCGGCUGAUUAACGACGAGGACAAACUGUACUUCAAGCAGCUGCUGCAGGAUUGCUGCGAACGGUACUUCGAAACCACGGUCGUACAGCCGGAAGAAACGGUUUUGUUUGGCGAUUUCCUGGUGUUUGGCCAAGCGGCCGAAGAUCGGGUGUACGAGGAAAUCAAAGAGAUGAAGAAACUGAAAACGGUGCUGGCAGACUAUCUGGAGGACUACAAUGGGACGGUGGGCACCGAGAUGAACUUGGUAUUUUUCACCGAUGCCAUCGAACACAUCGUUCGGUUGGCGCGGUUGCUGCGAUCGGAACGAGGCAACGGGCUGCUGGUUGGGGUGUCCGGAAUGGGCAAGCAGAGCCUUUCGAGGCUGGCCUCCCACAUCAACGGUUACCAGUGCCAUCAGAUAGCGCUUCGGCGGGGUUAUGAUCAUGGCUCGUUUCACGAGGAUCUACGACGCAUCUACUGGCUUGCGGGUGUUCUAAACAAGCCGACCGUGUUCCUCAUUACCGACAGCCAGAUCGUGCAGGAAACGUUCAUGGAGGACAUCAACAAUAUACUGAACUCGGGCGAGGUACCCAAUCUCUUCGAGGGUGACGAGUAUGAGAAAAUAAUCCUUAACGCCCGGGCACCGUGCAUCGAAAGCGGUCAUCCGAAUCAGACCCGCGAUGGCAUCUUCGAAUACUUUAUCAAACGUGUCCGGGCGAACCUGCACGUCAUAAUGUGUAUGAGUCCGGUCGGUGAUACCUUUCGGAGGCGCUGCCGCAUGUUUCCUUCGUUGGUGAAUUGCUGCACUAUCGAUUGGUUCGUCAAGUGGCCAGCCGAGGCACUGCGAAGUGUAGCCAUCGGUUCGCUGAAAGAUGUCUCCGACAACGAGGUCCAGUGUAAGCAUCUCGCGCAAAUUUGCGUCAUGAUACACGAGAGCGUUGAGAACAUCUCGGAGCGGUUUUACCGGGAGAUGCGACGCCACUACUAUACGACACCGAGCAGCUACCUGCAGCUGUUAAACCAGUAUCGGGUGCUGGUGCAAAAGCGUGUCGAUUCGAUCGUGCAGAAGAAGGAUCGCAUUGCGAACGGGCUCAGUAAGAUCCUCGAGACGAAUCAGGUGGUAGCGGAGAUGGGCGAAGAGUUGAAAAAGUUCGUACCGAUACUGGAGGAAAAGUCCAAGAACCUGAAAGAUUUACUAACGAAGCUGGACACAGACAACGCGAUGGCGGAAAACGUGAAGAAGAGUGUGGCCAAGGAUGAGGCGGAGGCGAAAAUGAAGGCGGCUGAAACGCAGGAAAUUGCCGACGAGGCGGCCAAGGAUUUAGAGAUCGUACUUCCGACACUGCAGGCGGCACAGGAUGCCCUGAAAUCGCUCAACAAGAACGACAUCAACGAGUUGCGCGUUUUUCAAAAGCCACCGAAGCUGGUACAGUUUGUAAUGGAAGCUGUAUGUAUUCUGCUCGGUGCAAAGCCAGACUGGAACACAGCCAAGGUGGUAAUGUCCGAUGUUAACUUUUUGAAAAAAUUAGAGGAUUACGACAAAGAGCAUAUUCCUGAGGCGAUUAUAAAGAAAAUUAAAACAUACGUUGACCACAAGGAUUUCCAACCGGCGACCAUUGAAAAGGUGUCAAAGGUGGCGAAAUCGAUGUGCCUCUGGGUAAUUGCCAUCGAGAAGUACGCCAAAAUCUACAAGGUAGUAGAGCCGAAGAUAAAGCGCCAGAAGGCAGCCGAACGGGAGUUGGGCGAGGUAAUGCAGCUACUGAAAUCGAAGCAGAGUGAGUUGGCCGAGAUUGAGGCUAAAAUAACGAUGCUCAUGUCGAAGCUGGAUGAGAAGAAGCGAGAAAUGAAGCUGCUGCAAGAUCAUAACGACCUGACGGCGGCCCGAUUGAACCGUGCCGGACGGUUGACGUCCGCCCUGGCUGACGAGGAGGUCCGCUGGCGUGAAACGGUAAAGCAGCUGACGGCGGAACAUUUUGCCGUGCCGGGCGACGUGCUGGUCGCAUCCGCCUACGUCGCCUAUCUGGGAGCGUUUCCGAUCGACUAUCGUCGUACACUGUCGGAGAUUUGGGUUUCGGAGUGCAAGCGGUUGAACAUUCCGAGCAGUCCCACGUUCAGCUUAGUGCAGAUCCUCGGCGAUUCGUUUCAGAUACGCCAGUGGAACAUGUACGGGUUGCCGCAGGACGAAAUUUCGGUCGAAAAUGGCAUCAUUGCGACGGAGGGUGGACGGUGGCCACUUAUGAUCGACCCGCAGGAGCAGGCCAACCGUUGGAUACGGAACAUGGAGGCGGAGAAUGAGUUGCGCAUCAUCAAACUGACCGAUGUCAAUAUGAUGCGGAUGUUAGAAAUAUGCAUCCGUCAAGGUUUUCCCAUGCUGAUCGAAGACGUUCAAGAGACGUUGGAUCCGGUACUAGGAACCGUGUUGAUGAAGCAGGUGUUCCUGCAAAACGGCAGGCUUAUGAUCAAGCUAGGAGACGUCGAUGUGGAUUACGACAGUAACUUCCGCCUGUACAUGUCAACUAAGCUGGCUAAUCCUCAUUUUUUGCCAGAGAUUUGCAUUCAAGUGAGUUUGGUAAACUUUCUCGUCUCCCGAAGCGGACUUGAAGAUCAACUGCUCGCUGAAAUUAUUAAAAUAGAGCUGCCGGAAAUGGAGAAACAGCGCAAUAACUUGAUCACUACCAUAAACUCUGACAAACAGCAGCUGUUGCUGUUGGAAGAUAAAAUCUUGAAGGUCCUGUAUGGUUCACAGGGCAACAUACUGGACGAUGAAGAACUGGUGGAGUCGUUGAACGAAUCAAAGGAAAUGUCCACCAUCAUUGCCGACCGGCUAAUCGAAACCGAACGGACGGAGUUGAAUAUUGCAGCUACACGGGAAAAAUAUCGCCUCUUGGCUGCACGCGGUGCUAUCCUGUACUUUGUCGUUGCCUCGCUCUCGGAGAUCGAUCCUAUGUAUCAGUUCAGUUUGCGUUACUUCACGCAGGUGUACUGCUCGGUCGUUGAACAACCGCACGAUCGGGUGGAGCUUCCGGAGCGCCUACAGCGUCUGCUGGAAGACAUUACGUUCACCGUGUUCGCCAACAUCUGCCGCGGUUUGUUCGAGAAGCAUAAGCAUAUAUGCGGCUUUUUGGUGGCGUUCGCCGUAUGCAAGGAGGAUCAGCAGUUUUUGGACGAAGAGUUCAGCUUUAUCGUGCGCGGACCGUCGCAGCGGAAGUUUUCACUGGAAGGCAAACCACCUUUUGUGAGCGAAAACCAGUGGAUUGCAUGCUGCUUUCUAGAGGUGCACGAUCGGGCAAAAUUUGCCAAUCUUACCAAACAUCUGCACCGUUCGAUGGUGAUCGAGAUCGAAGACUUCCGGGAGGACUUGUGUCUCGCGCCCGAUCCCGAGCCAGCCACCGUAGAUUGGAAUGCGCGUUUGAGAGUUUCGGAAAAGCUAAUGCUUGUCGCCGCAUUGAAAGACGAGUUCUUAGUGAUAGCCGUGAUGGAAUUUAUACGGCAUACGCUUGGGAAGCGGUACACGGAACCGCCCAAAAAUACUGGUCUGGCGUCACUGUAUUCGGACAUUUCGCCGUUAAUUCCCUUGGUGUUUGUCCUAUCGCCGGGGUCGGACCCGAUGACGGCCCUGAUCAAGUUCGCCCAGGAACGUGACUGCGUCGAGAAGCUGCAUUCGAUUUCCCUCGGACAGGGCCAGGGUCCGGCCGCCGAAACGUUGAUCGAAGCUGGCACCAAGGGAGGACACUGGGUGUUUUUACAGAACUGUCACCUGGCCACGUCUUGGAUGGAGUCGAUGGAGAAAAUUGUGAACCGAAUCGCGAUGGGUCUGCAGACGGUCGACUCAGGCUUUCGGCUGUUUCUUUCGUCGAUGCCCGUUCGUUCUUUUCCGAUCAGUGUACUACAAAACUCGGUCAAAGUGACAAAUGAACCUCCCAAAGGGUUGCGAUCGAAUCUCGUACGCUCGUUAAGAGAACUUGACCGGAGCUGGUUCGAGUUUCACGUGUUGGGUCGGAAUUGGCGUGCACUGAUCUUUGGUCUGUGCAUGUUCCACGGAGUAAUCCUGGAGCGCCGAAAGUUCGGUCCGCUCGGAUGGAACAUCACGUACGAGUUCAGCGAAAGUGAUCGAGAAUGUGCCCUCCGGACGUUGGAUAUCUAUUGCGAUCGAGAGCUGCGAGCGGCGAUUCCCUGGGACGCGUUGGAGUACAUCAACGGAGAGAUAACAUACGGAGGACGUGUAACGGAUGUAUGGGAUCAACGAUGUUUGCGAUCGAUAUUGCAGCGGUUCUCUUCGCCCAUCAUCCUAGACGAACGAUACUGUUACAGCCCAAGCGGAGUUUACUACUGCCCUGAAGUGCGGAAGAUGGACGAAUACAUGGAAUACGUUGGGCAGCUACCUAUUCAUGAUCCACCAGACGUCUUUGGAAUGCACGAAAAUGCCAACAUUAUAUACAAUCGUAACGAGACGCGCUUCUUUUUGGACACCCUCCUAGAAAGCCAAACGGGCGGCGACGCGCAAGGCGAAGAGGCCGUGGCUGCCAUGGAUAAGCUGUGUCUGGAUAAAGUAGAUUCCAUCCGCAAGGCAAUCGCACCUGCGAUCGGGUGUGACGAGCUGCACGAAAGUCUUCUCCGGCGCGACUCCCAAAACCGUAUACCUUCGUUGACCACGGUGCUCCUGCAGGAGGUGGAGAGGUUCGAUCGGCUGCUGGAUGUGAUCCAUUGCAGCUUGCGAGAUUUAGAGAAGGCAAUUCAAGGGCUCGUGGUGAUGUCCGAAAGCUUGGAAAUGGUUUACCGCGCAUUCGGAAACAAUCAGGUCCCCCAGCUGUGGCACGCCAAGGGAUUUCUCUCGACAAAAACGCUCGCCAGUUGGGUGACGGACUUGAAGCUGCGGAUUGAAUACGUGCGGAAUUGGUGUACCGAUGGGAUACCGGAGUCUUCGUGGAUAUGUGGACUGUUUUUUCCGCAAUCAUUUUUAACAGGAACACUACAAACGUACGCACGCAAACAUAACAUUCCAAUCGAUUCAUUGCGAUUUGAUUUCGAAGUAAUGGAUAUCACGUUGCAUCAGUCGGAAAUUUUUAACAACCAAUCUGAACAGGUGAAGGACGACCGUUUCAAGGGUCUACGUUCGCCGAAAGAUGGAAUUUUUAUACACGGCCUGUUCAUAGAAGCUGGUCGAUGGGAUCGAACCGAAGGGGGGCUAUGUGAUACGAGACAUCGAGAACUGAUCGCCCACUUGCCGGUCGUUUGGCUUAAGCCUUGUACUGAAUUAGACGUGGGGCAACGUUAUGAAGCACCGCUGUACAAAACGAGCGUUCGUGCGGGCAUUCUUUCAACGACGGGCCAGUCCACAAAUUUCGUACUUUCUGUUUUACUUGAUUCGAAUCAGAUGCCCGAUCACUGGAUACUGCGGGGAACGGCACUGGUGACAAUGAUAACGGAUUGAAUGUGUGCGGUGUGCUCUAGAUUUUGGCUGCUUUCAGUUCAGUGA